GUGGAUUGUGCUGGAUCGACUACCCCAGCCUCCACCCUUGACUACACGACGCAAUCCAUUCACGGAUAAAAGCAGUCGACCAGGCGAAGCUUUCUUCACGAAAAUGGAAUCCCUCCUCAAAAUACCACUCAUUCUCUCAUCCCCUCUCGCCUUGCACGUAGCUGGCACACCUCCCAAUACCCCUACCAGCUAUGAUAUUGUUCACUACAGCUCUAUUGAGUGGAUUCUCAUGCAAGAUACCAAAUACGGGCUCCCGCUCGCAAAGGCACUUUCAUGGGCUGUCGCUUUCACAGAAGUCGCUGUCAUUGCCUCCCGCGUGGUAGACCCCACCACUCUUCCCAGUGGGAUGCAAGAGACAGUCGGUCUGCUUCGAACGAUUCAAGACAUGCCCAUUAACUCACAUCUUAUUUCCGGCGCCGCACUCAUGGCCGUGGGGGGAUUACUCCGCUGGUGGUGUUUCCGCACCCUCGGCCGAUUUUUCACAUUCGAGCUCAGUGUCCGCAAAGGGCACAAACUUGUCACCACUGGUCCAUACUCAGUCGUACGCCAUCCAUCCUACUUGGGAGCAGUCGUGUUGUCCAUCGGCAUGUUUAUCUUGCACGGAUCGUGGUCCUCGUUUUUGAGACGCUCAGGCGUUUUAAAUAUCUUUGGACUGAAAGCGAUUAUGUUGGCAUUGCUAGCGCAGAGAAUAAUUGCUAUAACAAGCCUCGUGCUUAGGAUUGGUCAUGAGGAUGAGAUGGUGAAGUCGAUCUUCAAAGACGAGUGGGAGAAUUGGGCAAAGGUUGUCAAGUACCGGCUCCUACCUGGUAUUUACUAAAUCUGAUAGCAUGUAC